AUGAUGGCUUUCAGUUCGCUCUCCUUUUACGCGCUGGUGUUCUCCUCUGAUGGCGGCGGAUACACGGAAAUGUGUGGAGGGACAGUGCUGAAUGAUAGAUGGAUCCUGACUGCUGCUCAUUGUUUGCCGAAGGGCUUGGUCGGAUCAUCGGUGAGGCUGGGGUUGAGGACGAUGAACGAGGUAUCACAGAACGUGCGGAUUGUCAAAACUGUGUCGCAUCGCGGGUUUAACAUCCGUAGCACACGCGACGACAUCGCGCUAUUGAAGACAGCUCAUCCCAUAAAAAUCGGCCAUGGCGUGACGACCGUUUGCCUGACGCGUGAUGAUACAAAAUUGCUCGGCGAGGGCUCAAAAGCGCUGGUGGCGGGUUUUGGAAAGGCCGUCGAAAGAAUACCCCUCGGUGUGCGGAUAACGAACGGCCCGGCAGACCGGUUGAAAACCUCGGUCGUUCCGUUGCAGGACACGAAGACCUGCUGGCUUAAUUGGUGGCGUGCUUCCGGAGGCACGACAACCGUCGGCUCGACGCAGAUUUGCGCGGGGAGCUUGGGCCACGGUUCGGCGCCGGGCGAUUCGGGAGGACCGCUGUUGGUUAGGGACCGAUUCGGGAAUGUGGUGCAGAUUGGAAUCACGUCAUUUGGUGCUAAUGGUUUUGAAGGGGUGCUGGAUCAAGCGACAUUCCCAGGUGUUUACACGCGUGUUUCUGCUUAUAUACCAUGGAUUGAGCGGGUGCUGGCAGACGAUGCCAAUUCGGGUGCUCGGCUAUCAACGAUUGUGCUUUCCAUCGGGUCCCUGGCCCAUUUGUUUCGC